AUGGCCCGAGUACCGGAAUUUCGGGUUUUCCUCGACACCCUACACCAUGGCGAUACGUCGGAUUUAGGCUGCACGUGCACUUGCGGGUUUUGCUCUAAUGGAGCUUGUCGAACCUUCCUGCCGUUCGCCACGGCGAAGUCGGUGCACGGCAUGGGGGUCCUGAGUGACCUGCUCCUGAGCGAAAAGGUCUUCCUCUACAGAGGCGAAGAGGCCAACGACGUCAAGGCACAUAGGUCGACCUGUGUUUCAGGGCAUUGCCUGACAGGCCAGCGAAGGCAAGCGGCAUUCUUCGGUUGCCCUCGUCAUCACGUCAGUACCGAUCGACGCGUCCUUGCUUCUUCCGCGGCCUUGGGCGCCAUGGCUAGCACCAGCGAAGGACAGGCAGGAAAGCCAGCCGACGACGAUGACGGCGACUGGGCAACAAAAGUGGCGUCGGAUUCACCUAGGACGAAAAAGGUGAACGCGAGGUAUGGUUAGUGCAGACAUAACGCAGUGGGUAUCGCCUCCUCGGUCGACCAGCGGCCACGUGAAAAUGACGGGUAGUAGGUGUGGUUUGUGCGGACAUACGGCAGCGGGUAUCGCCUCCUCGGCCGAUCAGCGGCCACGUGAAAAUGAGUUUAUUUCCCUAGUUUGCCACCGGGAACAAUUCAUGAACGCUUCUUAACCCUUUUGGGUCUUCAGGCCUCCUGACAAAUGAUUGAUAGCUGAUUGUAUCUUUGUUUUUUUCCUUGAAAUCCUCGAACAGACGGUCUCGUCGUAGAGGGGAGGCUGGGAAUCAAUCCCCGAACCUACACGCAUGGAGUUGUCUAGCACAGCAAGCCAGCGAGAGCCCGCCUCCCCUCCCCGCCACACACGAACACAAGAAGCAUCCACAGAGGUCACCGAGAGCUCUCGGGGAUGCCUCUACGCGCCGCGUGGUCUGUCCUGUCUGUCUGGGCGGCGUUGUUGGUAGCGCUUGAGGUUGCGUUGCCGGCAGCGCCAGUUGGUGUUCCUCCUUGUACAUCAGAGUACGUCUCGCUCGUGCAGCAAUCCACCCUUGCUUUGCACGCUGGCACUGAGGCCAGCGAGCUUGGCAUGGAGGACAGCGGUUCUUAUGUCGACCCAAAUGAGGCUAGUGAUGAUGAGGAUGAUGAUGCCGAGUUUGAUAUGGGCCAUCGUACAAACCGCUGUACGCUGCGAACUCGCACAACUCUGGUCUCAACACGCGAGGGGCAGCUCGGCGGCAGCGACAACAAUCGACCACGGCAUCACCGGUCACGCCGCCGCUCCGGACGGUCUCGCGUGAGCCGCAACAGCUGCAGCUGCAGCGGCAACAGCAACAACAGCAGCAUGAACGAUGUCCACCGGAGCCUUCUCCUGCCAAUAACUCGAACUCGCCUGACAUAUGUGAC